CUUGGUGGCUGUUGUUCCCAGUUGCUUCUCACUUUGUUAUAAUCCCACUAACAGUUGAGCGUGAGAAUAUUUAGUAGCCAGGAAAUGUCACGGAUGGACUUAUUGCCCAUGUGGCCACCUAUCACGGGACCACGCUUGGAGUCACUGAGCUCCUGAGAGCGACCCAUUACUUUCACCAAUGUUUGUAGAAGCAGUCUGCAUGCCUAGGGGCUUGAUUGUAUACACCUGUGUCCCAUGGAGGGGGAGGGGAACACCUGAAUCACAUGAUUGGGAGGGGAUUGGAACACCUGUAUCACAUGAUUUGGAGGGGAUUGGAACACCUGAAUCACAAGAUUGGGAGAGGAUUGGACCACCUGAAUCACAUGAUUGGGAGGGGUUGGAACACCGGAAUCACAUGAUUGGGAGGCGAAUGGAACACCAGAAUCACAUGAUUGGGAUGAGGGGGAUUGGAACACCUGUAUCACAUGAUUGGGAGGGAUUGGAACACCUGAAUCACAAGAUUGGGAGAGGAUUGGACCACCUGAAUCACAUGAUUGGGAGGGGGUUGGAACACCGGAAUCACAUGAUUGGGAGG